AUGGCGGCCAUGCUCGAGGCCGAGAUCCUCGCGGCGGAGAUCGAGGCCGCGGGCAGCGGCGAGAUGAUGCCCGCGGAGGCCCUCGUCGUCGUGGAGACGGUCUACCCAAGGCCCUACCUCGGCCGCGCGUGGACGCGCGAGGAGCUGCUGCACCAGUCGCAGGUCACGGUGCACGGCCCCUACGCGACCGUCGCCGCGGCCGUCGAGCAGGCGCGCGACGUCCGCGACGGCUGCGGCCGCUUUCCGCCGCGGACGGCGGCGACGGGCCCGCCGCCCUGGGACAGCGGCGCCGAGGCCGGGGACCGCGACGCGGAGACGUCCGUCGAGGUCCUGGACGAGCGGGCCUACGCGGCGCGGCGCGACGGCGACGCGGCGGCGCUGCGGCGCGCGCGCGCGCGAGACGUCUUCGCGAGGCGCGUCGCGGCGGAGAUGCGCGGCGCCCAGGUCCGCGCCGCGGGCCGCGUCCACUACAGCGACCCGCCGGAGGCCUACGACAUCCGCGCGGACCUCGACGUCGACGCGGCGGCGGCGCGCGAGCUCGAAGAGGCCGCCGUCGAGGCCGCGGCCACGCUCCGCUUCGCCGUCGGCGCGGCGACGCCGCCGGGCGAGGCCGCGGCGGCGCUCGUGGCCCUCGUGGCGCGCUGCGGCGCGCUGGCCGAGCUCCACUACGACGGCCGGUCCGCGCCGCGCGGCGCCGCGGACGCGUGCGUCGCGGCGAUCGCCGCGCUCCCGGGCCCGCGGCGCGCGCUCGCGCUCCUGCGCGUCCGCGGGCGCAUCGCGCCGGCGACCCUGGGCGCGAUCGCUCACUUGGAGGGCCUCGAGCGCCUCGACGUGUCCGACUGCUUCUCCUCGGAGUUCUUCGACCACGAAGCGGACCCGCCCGUCUACCCCUACGACGCGCCCCUGGCGGCGUGCUUCGAGCGCCUGCCGCGCCUGCGCUACGUCGACUUCGGCCACGGCGACGACGACGCCCUCGCGACGUUCUGGGGCUACUGCUUCUCCCAGGACCGCGUGGAGGCGUUGCGAGAACGGUUCCCGGCCGUCGAGUGCAGCAUGGCCGAGGCGAAGCACUCGCCCCUGCCGCACCCGUUCCCGGGCGGGUCCCUCGCCCACGAGGAGGCCCUCUUCGACAUCGUCGGCCGCCUCGGCGAGGACGGCGACCCGGCGGUCCGCGCGUGCGCGCGGGAGUACCUCUCGGACUUCGACCACGCCGACGACCGCCACGGCGUCGACCUCGCCAGCCUCUCCCUCGACGACCAGCGCGACGUCGAGGUCGACUACAACGACUCCUACGGCGAGAGCGGCGAGUCCGACUCGACUGCUCGUGGGGUCGGAGACGCGAUGGCGGCUACAACCAUCCGCCUCGAGGAGGAGUACGGGCGGGGCCAACCUCAACUGGAGAAGUUCCGCAUCGACUGGUCCAUGGUGCGCGAGGAGGCGUCGGCGCCGCCGCCGGGCGAGGUCCUCUUCGCGGACAAGACGGCCCCCGUAGACCAGCGGCCCCUGCGCGAGCUGAGCGGCGGCGCGGAGCCCUUCUGCUUCAGCCGCGGCACGGUCGACGUCUCGGGCCUCCGGGACCUGCUCGACGGCGACGAGAACGUCUGGGGCGACGCGUACGCGGCCGCGGAGAACGUGCGGCUCGACCGGCCGAGCCACGACAGCUGGGGCAUCCGGAAGCUCGCGUUCGUCUUCUGCGACGACUUCCUGCACCGCGUCUACCGGUUGCCGCUCUGGGACCGGCCGGAGUGGCGCGUCCACCUCGACCCCAUCUUCGCGGCGUGCGGCGUGCCCCGCGACCGCGUCGUCCGGUGCCUCCUCGCGUCGAUGCCGCCGCGCACGGUCAUCCCGCCGCACCACGACAGCGGCUACUGGGUGCCGCGGACGCACCGGUUGCACGUGGCGAUCAAGACCUGGGACGACGUCGUCUUCAAGGUCGGCCGCACGAAGAAGACGCUCCGGCGGUUCCGCUACGCCGAGGGCGACGUCGUCGAGCUCAACAACCAGGCGAAGCACUACGUCGCGAACCUCGCGGACCACUACCGGACGCACCUCAUCUUCGACUACGUCGACGACGAAGCGGAGCCGGAGCUGCUGCCGCCGCGCAUGCCCUGCGUGACUUUGAGGGUCGGCGACGAGCUCACGCAGACGCGGCGGUCGAUCGGUCUCGCGUCCGAGCGCGGGACGGGGCCCUUGGCGCCCCACUUCUUGAUUAUCGGCGCGCAGAAGGCGGGCACGACGUCCAUGUACGAGUACCUGAGCCAGCACCCGCUCGUCGCGCGCGGCGUGCGCCGCGAGACGCAUUUCCUGGAUUGGCGGUGGCGCGACGACCUCGACGGCGACGGCGCCGCGGCGUCGCGCCACUGGCACGAGGCCUUCUUCGACGCCGCGGCGCACGCCGACCACCCGAGCCUCGUCGCGCUCGACUCGACGCCGAGCUACCUGCUCCAGUCGAACCUGGCCAUCCCGCGGCUGCGGCGCCUGAGGGCCGCGGCGCCGCCGAUGAUCGUCAUGGUCCGCGAUCCGGCGGCGCGCGCCGCGAGCCACUUCGCGAUGAUCACGGACCCGCGCGCGACGCCCGCGCAGCGCCGGAGCCGGGGCAGCGCGUGGCUCGGCAAGUCCAUGCGGGAGGUGCUGCAGGGCGAGCUCGAGCUCCUCGCGCGCCACCGCGUGCUGCGGCGCGCGCCGGGCGCGGCGGGCGCCGUGAGCCUCGCGGAGCCGCUCGCGUUGGACCGCGGCGCGUUCCGCGCGUUCCUGCCGCGCAUCCCGAACGGCCACGGCGCGCACAGCCUGCUCUUACGCGGCUGCUACGCGGCCCAGCUGCUCGAGUGGUACGACGCGUUCGGGCGCGACCCGUUCCUCGUCGUCCGCUGCGAGGACAUGGCGGCGCCGGACGGCGCGCGGACCGCCGUCGCCGCGGCCAUGGCCCACGCGGGCCUGCGCUUCCACCCCAUCGACGACGCGGCGCCGAAGAACGCGCGCGACUACGAGGACCAGGACCCGGCGCUCCUCGCGGACUUGCGGGCGUUCUACGCGCCGCUCAACGCGACGUUCUACGACCUCGUCGGCUGGGGGCCCGAGAAACACUGGUAA